UCUCUGUGAACCGUAUUUUCUUCUCAUCCCUUCCCCUUUGUGAGCUCCACCUUCAUCAAUUUGUUCAAACCCUAAUCUGUGUGAAAACCGUGUAAAAUUUGCACCUUCAUCAAGUUAUAAAAUCUGCAAUUCUCCCGUGUGAAACCCUAAUCCAACCAUCUUAUUCAAACAAUCAUGUCUCGAUUUUCCCAAGGAAGCAUUCGCAGCAAAUAUCCUUUCAUUCGUGAUGAAUGCAGAUGUGGGUUGGAUGCACCAUUGAUGACAGCAUGGACUGAUGCUAAUCCAGGACGUUGUUUCUAUGGGUGUGGAAUGUAUAAGAUUCAGGGACACAAAAUGUGCAGCCAUUUUGUUUGGUACGAUGAAGAGAUGACUCCAAGAGAAAAAGAGUUAAUUUCUUCAUUGAAUGAGCAGUUAAUUAUAGAGAAGAAUAAAGCCAAUGAAUUCAAACAGAAGGAGAAUGACUUGACUGUGAAGAUGAAAUUUGUGAAAUUGCAGUUGAAGUUUACAAUUGGGAUGAGCAUUGUGUUAUUAAUGGGACUGGUUGCAACAAUUGGGAUGCACAUUAGGUUUUGAAACAACCUUGUCAUGCUGUUGAUUAGUUACUUAGGUUUUUAAACCAUGAUGUGAUGUUGUUGUUUAGUUGGUUAGGUUUUGGAAACAUCCAUGUUGUGGUGUUGUUUUUUAGUUGUUUAGGUUUGUGAAACAACCAUGUUGUGGUGAUGUUGUUUAUUUGUUUAGGUUUGUGAAACAACCAUGUAAUGAUAAAUUAUGAAUGAAUUAAUA